UUGACUGGCCCAUGUUAUCCAUCGACUCUCUUUAUAUUUCUGCGAAACUAGGGUUUACAGUUCUUACUUCGGCUGCCGUAAGUUCUCCACCUGCAAAAAUGCCGAAGCAAAUUCAUGAAAUCAAAGAUUUCCUUUUAACUGCAAGAAGAAAGGAUGCAAGAUCUGUGAAGAUCAAAAGAAGCAAAGAUGUUGUCAAAUUCAAAGUUCGUUGCUCAAAGUAUCUUUACACUUUAUGUGUCUUUGACAAGGAGAAGGCAGAUAAGCUGAAGCAAUCUCUUCCUCCAGGUUUGAGCGUUCAAGAUCUUUAGAUCGAAUCUUUUCUGAAAGAGUUAAGUCAUGAACUUUUUCUAGGGUUUGAUAUUAUCAAAAAGAUAUUGUGAGAUGUAACUGAAUUUCCCAUAAUUUGAGACUUUUUUUUAGUUGA